CCGGAACAACGGAACAGAGCAUUGUUGACAACUGUGGCUUGUCAGCAAACUUCUCCAGUUUUCAGAACAAUGAAGCUGUCAACACUGGUGUGGCUGGGCUUUGAAGUGGCUUCAAUUGGUUGUCGUCGGUGCUAGCUAACUAAUGAGCCAGGUUAGUUCGCUGGAAAGUUAACAGAUUUGAGUCAUAGCGCUUCAGAGCAUCUGUAGCUUGACGUUAGCUAGCUAGCAGAGCUACAGACACAGUUAGCAGCAGCAUGGGCGAUGGUACUGUCACUCCCAGGCUUGGCAACAUGAAGGCGUUGCUUGGAAUAGUUGCCGGAGCUGGAGCUUCCUACGGGAUAUACAAGCUUAUCAGCGGAGGGAGCUUUAAGAGAAACAAGAAAGGUGCCACCAGUGAGAGUCCUGGUGUCAGGAGCAGUCAGCCCAGUGAAGUUACCCUGCAGCCGGGCACAUUGCUGGCCAAAGUGUCUGGACUGGAUGUUGUCUGUCCUCGACCUGCGGAUGUUGCAUCAGGUGACAUCAUCCACCAAUCCCCCGGCAACCUUGAGCCACAGCACCUGAAAAUGCUGCUGUCAUGUCUGCAGACCAGCAAUAAUCCCUCUGACAGAUGUCGGAUCCUGCUUACGUUAGGAAACGCUGCUGCCUUCACUGUGAAUCAGAAUCUAAUACGGGAAUUUGAAGGGAUUCAUAUCAUAGCUGGAUUCCUCUCUGAUCCUGCGGCAGAGGUUCGAGUGCAGACUCUGAAUGCUUUAAAUAAUCUGUGUAUGAACGUCCAAAACCAGGAGCAAAUAAAGGUUUAUGUGCCACAAGUGCUGGAACUGAUUGAGAUGUCACCAGUGAAUUCAGAGCUUCAGCUUGGUGCUCUUAGGCUGCUGACCAACCUCUCUGUCACAGACAAACAUCAACACUUGCUGAAAGAAUCUAUUACACUUUUACUGUCUCUGCUUGUUGUGAGCAAUGAAGCAUUACAGGUUCAGGCUUUGAAAGUCCUCGUGAAUUUGUCCUCUAAUCCAGAUAUGAUGGAUGACAUUGUUCAAGCUCAGGCUCCUGCCUCUGUUGUGCUGCUGUUUGACGCACGAACAGCCACCGCGGUGCUCCUGCGGCUGCUGACGUUCGCAGGGAACUUAAAGGCCUGGAGGCCCUCGGCCCAGGUAGCCGAUGAACUGAGGCGGAAGCAGGAUUGCCUCUUCCGGGUCAUGUUGGAUGAAUCUUCCCAGCUCCACAGCAGACUGGUCCAGCUGCUCUCACAUCCUGAUGGGGAGAUUCAGGCCCAGGUGGCUCGUAUCUUGACAUAGACCUCUCUCUGUCUUGCAGCACUCGUGAUCCAUGCACAGCUUUUGCUUCCACACACUUUGCCAAAGCCAUCAACCUUUCACCCUUAAAGUUCAAUUAUAGAUCUGUUGACAUUAACCUUAUAGAAGAGCAGGCUGUGUAGCCUCCUGUGGAUACUCAGCUUACACUCCCACAUUCUCUAUACCUACAGUAUUCCCCCAGAUCAAUAUUAUUACCACACAAAACUAAAUGAUCUAUUCCACCUCACCAGCCACUUAUCCUUGAUUUCCAUUUACUUACACUACAAUUAAUUGAUGAAUGAGCAGGAGGCAGGAAGAUACCAUUCGUUCAGUAGAUUGUAAAAACAGACCACGUUUCCCUGUUUUUUCCUGCCACCGAGAGUUUUCUUCUCCUUGCCAGAGACUGUUUUCCUUCAAAGAUCCACAGUGCCCUUCCCUCUGAGAACUUCACCCACUUUCUCUGAGGAUAUUUUCCAGGUGAAAUUUCUGAACCCAAACCUACUGCCAAAAGUUUUCUAGAGAAUGUGUCCAUAUGACCUGUGUAGCAUGACCCAAUGUGCGUACUACCCCUGAUUCAGAGAGACACUCAUCAGGAGAGCUACAGCUGUCUCUUGCUGCACUACUUAGCAUGCCUCAGAUACCAAUGAAUAAGUGUGACAUGUUGAAUUUAAAGAUCUUAGAAGAACCUAAGUGAGGUUAACCUGCAGUGCUUCUGGCCCCACUUUCUGUGAUUCUGUGACCACAUGAGGGGUUCAGUGUAUCAGGGAGAGUAUUAAGUUGAAACACUGCCAUCCCUGCAUUCAGAAGACCUAGCUGGGGUGUUUAGGUAAGGAGGCCAUCUGGUUAAAAUUUACCUUUGAAGGUACACCAACCACAGCUGCCUGGAUGGGUGGAUCUAGGAUGUACUGGUGUUGCUGAAUGUCUCAACUGGCCUACAGACACCUGCAAAUCCUCCAGGGAGGAGCUGUAGGAAGCUGCACAGGAAGACGGAUGUCUGGACUGCUACGAUUGUUUUUCAACUACCACAACAGUCUGACAGAUAUGCAGCUGAAAGUGAACCUUGGACAAAGCAGCAAUGAUCACUGUUUAUAAGAAAAAUGUUAUGCAUAAAAUGGUUGACAACAAUGAUUGAAUGUUAAAUACAAGCCUUGUUAUAUUAAGUUAUGCGCUUACUCUAACAAGACGGGCCGUAAGUGACAGAUCCACAUGUUAGGCUGGAGGACUGAAGCUGUGGAGCCAUCUGCUCACUUGUUAAACAAUAUUUACAGAGAGGAUGAUGGGUGUAGGUGCAUACCUCUUAAUUUGCAUGAAAAAUGUGACAAUUAUUUCAGAAUAUGAUUUUAAAUGCAAGGAUUUUAUGGCAUGAGCCAGUCCAGGUGUUUGAAAAUGCUGCACAUUUUUGAUGUUUGGACACUGAAUUUAUUUAACCCAAAUCCUAAAUAUCUCUCAGGCAAUAUGGUUUACCAGAACAGAUACAGCAGGAGAUUGACCUAGAUUAUCAUAUUUAUUUAAUGAAGUUAGUCAGCAUUUUGCCUAUAAAAUGAGAAAUGUGUUUGUUAUGUGUGUUUGAAUGGUUCAAUAAAUACCCUAUGACCUAUAA